AUGAACUCUGGGCCGUAUGAUUACAGCGUCGGCGGACAUGUCAACUUUGAACCCAAAAGCGUUGGUGUGCACGGUUCACUCACACGCAAUUUCGACAAUGGUGGCUACGUCGGUGCUAGCGGGUACAGAAAUGUAGGACAGGGUGAAAGCAGUGGCGUUGGCGUCCACGGAGGGUACACCUCCCCGUCUGGUUUCAGAGUGGGUGGGGAGUUGAGACGAGACUCUAAUCCUUACGGAAGUUCCACCUCAGGGAGUGCAGAAUUUGGAUACGAAAGUAAAGGAGGUACCAGAGUGUCCGCUUACGGACAGAGGGACUUUCAAACUGGACACACCUCCGCCGGGCUUCGUGUCCGUAUACCGUUUGGGCGGAAGAAACGGGAUCUGGCAGCUGAAGAAGAGGAUCUGGAAGUUUUGGACAGGAGGAAGCGUCAGACAUCAGUAGACGCCCGCGUCCGUGGCACUGGAAGACGUGACUACGGUGUUGACGUGGACGUGAACAGAAGGUCUGGUAACCACCGGUACAGCGUAGGCGGCUCGUAUCAGCAGGCUGCCAUCCUGUGA